AUGAACAGCCCCAUUCCUUCACUGGUUUCCUUCUUUCUUUCUUUCCUAGCUCUCGUCCUCACCGUCAGCCCCGACAGACUCCUGGUUCGUGCAGACCCAGCGGUGGUUCCGUUCCGCGACUGCUUCGACGAGCCCAGCAAUGUCGACAACCAACUAAACGUCUCGACGGUUUAUGCUCAGGUUCUCAAGGACGAAGAAGAGAACCAUUAUCUUAAUCUCACAGUCGUUGGGAGUAGUCCGGCGGAAAUCGUAGGGUUGACCAAUGCUAGCACCAGUUUAGCCACCCUCUUUACUUCGACCUCGGUUCUGACACUCAACGCUUGGAACAAUGCAUCUUACUUCUGCCAAACACUCAGGCCGCCAUCGCCUCUGCCCGACGUCGACGCAGGAGUAUUUACGUAUUGCCCGAUCGCGCCAGGCCCAUUUGCCUUCGCCGCAAUGAUUCCCUGGGGAAAUAACAGAGAGCUCACGACACUCAACACCCGUCUACGAGCGGUCGACCCCUUCGGAAAAGAACUGCUCUGCCUGGACAUUGCGACGACGCCGCUAGCACCGACAUCAAGUUCGAUAUACGGGAAAGCAAACAUAAUUUUGUGGAGUACCGUUGGAUUGGCGCUGGCUUAUUGGGCUCUGGUAGGAAUUGCGAGGAUAGCAUCUGCAUGGAACAGAGGCAUAUCGAGACAUACUGGGAAGGGCAUUUGGUCAAGGGCUCAGAGUGCAGGCUUCAUUCUCGCCAGCGCAAUUAGUGGGGAACGGCUGGCUACGUCUCCUGCGCUCUUGCGUUUCUGCACCCCUUCCAUGCGAGAUGUAAUCUUUCACACCCAAUGGUGCGCUUUGCUGGGAAUGGUAGCUGUCGAAUGGCCCCAAUUCAUCUCAUGUGCUCACCGCCCUGACACAGACCCCCUGCUGACCCAAACCGCGUGGUCAACGUUGGCUUUCAACGUCUCACUGGUCGAUAACACUAGUCAAUAUCGCUGGCAUCCACUCACUGUCCCUCCGUAUGACCCACCGGCCGAAUUUCGGGACCAAAUGGCUGACAUACAGUCUCCUUUAUACAUCGACCCAUCAGCGCCUAAUACGCUAUUCACCCUGCCCCCUAACGCGACCCAUGGAAUCAGCUCUUUCGCGUACACCCUCGGCAUCCGGCCUCAAGACCUAUUCCCGACCUGCAUGAUCAUCUUCCUCAGCAUUAUCGCAGGAACAAUCGUCGCGAGCACCAUCCUUUGGUUCAUCGAUGUCGUGGUCACCAAUUUGGUUCAGAAGCUCAACGGUCAGAACUCAGGUUUCGGCCCCGGGAACGCUAUCAAUCGACUAGGUGGAGCCAAGAGUCCAGCAUUUGGUGCCAACACAGAAUCGCCACCGAUAGGAGCCCCCAUAGACGAGACGAAGCCGUUGACCAAUGGAUUCGGCCUAUCCAAAUCGCAGUCUGGUGGGUUGGCAGGGAUAGCCACGAACCUCAGUGGUGAUCGAGAUAUUAGAGAUCGCGGGUAUACUCACCGUUGGUGGCCUUGGUUGCGUUUGCGGUCGGAUAUCGGUUCAUUCCACGGCAAUGUCCUCCAUGGCAAUCUAGUGCGCCUCUUGGUUUGGUUCCAUCUCCCAGUGACAGUUUUCAGCUGUUACCAAAUGACUCUACCUAAAUCAGUCGCGGGCACAACUUCUAUCUCCCUCGCAGCGCUAUCCUUCGUCAUUGUUUCUAUCCUCAUCCCAGCGCACCUCGUUAUUCGCGUCACCUUCACGACGACCAACAAGCUUUACGACGAAACCCGUACCCUCCUUUCACUGGGUCCUCUCUACAACCACUAUCGACAUGGGUCCCAGCUAUUUGCGACUUUGUUCUUUGCAACCAACAUUGCUUUCGGAGUUACGAUUGGUGCGGGGCAGAAGAGCGGAACAGCGCAAGCUAUCGUGAUUCUGGUGGUAGAAGUUAUUUCCGCCCUGGUGACAAGUAUCUGGCUGCCUUGGGGAAGCGGUGCUAGUAUGGGUCUAAUUAGUUUCCUGUUUUGCGUGGCGAGGAUAGUUGUUGCAGUGUUGUUGGUCAUUCUUACACCUACGAUCUCGGUGGGCCCGGGGCCUGGAGGCUGGGUUUCAUACGGCAUCUUGAUCAUUCUCGCAUUGGUUUACCUGGCCCUCGUCCUAAUGUUGGUCGUCAAGCUUAUCGAAGCCACCGUCCGCAUCAUUGGUGGCAUCGGCUUUGAUCGUUCUCGGUCGGCUAUGGACGCAGGUCUGCUCGGAGCGUGCGGACUCCUCGGAUGCGGCGGAAAGCGACGGAGAAAGAGCAGGAGGAAGGGACGUGGCGCAAGGAGCACGGCCUCCAGAAGGACGAAUCUCUAUAAGAGUGAACUUGGAGAGUCCCCUGCUUCGCUUGCGGGUGAAAGCAGUGGGGUGUAUGGGAGGCGCAAUUCGGAUUUGUCGUCUUACAAUCCUCCCGCGGCUUUCCUGGUCGGAAAUGAGUCUGAUAGAGGAAGCGUCACGGCUCCUAGGUUCCUUGGAGGAGCGGAUUCGCGCAAAGGAAGCACACAUUCACAGCCGCCGAGUUUCCUUCGACCUGAGCACGCUAACCAGCCGUACAGGGAAGAGAUUGAUCAAGAUUGGUGGAUGGAGAAUGAGAAUCAGGGAGGGGCGUUUAUCAUGGGUGCCUGGCAGCCUGCUUCAGGGGAAGCGGGUGCUGUUCAUGUAGCGGAACCAUCGACCAUGCAGAACCAAAGUAGAUUCAGUCCUCCUCAGCCAAUGGCAGCGAGUCCGGCGCCUGCCCCGACAACAUCCGGGUUCUCACGAGUGGGCGGAGGAAGAGCACACAUCGACUCGCCAUACUCAAUCACGCCAAGCGGCAAUGCCCAUACCGCCUCGCAAGCCAGCGGGUCGACGCACGCCUUCCCUUCAAUGGGUCAGGCGAGCACAACGAUGCUCACCACGCCUUCGAUGUCCACUCAACCCUCUCCAUCGCCUAAACCUUACCAACGUCACCCCAGCCCUCAUUCAUCCUUAGCAACAAGCAGUCACCCUCCUUCGUCAUUCUAUCACCCUCAAUACGCUCAAACCCCAUCAUCCUUUAUCACCGAUGACGACGAACCGCCAUUGCCGCUUUCGACAGUACGGCAGGCAGCCGUCGCUUCGCCUGUUCAGCACCCUCACGCGGACAUGGGUGACCUGCCUCCAGGCGCCAUGCAACCCGCCCAUGUGAGAACCAAGUCGCAAACUGCCAUUGUAGAAGACGCUGGAGGGCUGUAUGCUCCAAUACAAGGGGGGUCCAACGGCAACUCUGGUUCGCAAAGCGGGAUCUCCGCGCGACUGUCCCUCCAAAACCCGCUACUCCCUCUCAAACUCUCCGGCCAUCGUAACGUCAGCUCGAGUAGUAGCGCGGGGCCUUCAUACCACUUCUCACCACCCUCUGCGCCCGCUGCAGCACGGUUCACGCUGAACGCGGAUGACGAUGACGACGAUGAUGGUGAUUCUACGGUGGAAGACCAACAGCAGAAGAAGAAGUGGUAUCAUUUGAGGAAGAAGAGGCCGCAUAGUAGCGAGGGGAGGACAACGACGAGUGCUUCGAGUAGUUCUGUGCCGCUACCUUUGGAUUCGGAGUUUGGUGGUGGAGGGACUGGGGAGGGAGGGGCUGGGACGCCACAGAGGUCGUUUGUUGUUAUUAGGAAACCUAUGGGAUCGAUGGGGAGGUUGAAUCAGCCGUCAUCUGGUGUGAUCUCUGGGGAUCAAGAACGAUCGAGGCCACCAACGCGGUAG